AAAAAAAACAAAAAAAAUAAAAAACAAUGCUUGCUCCAAUUACUUACCGACUGAAACGAAUCAGAUCCAAAAAAACCAACCAAACAUGACCAGAUUACUGGAACUUUCUCGUAGGGUUCUUCCCAACUCCGCCGCGCUUCUCCACCGGACCUCCAAUCUUCCCUCCAACCAUGGAUUUGCACUUGGGUCAAUCAACUCAAAACCCUCGCAAAACCCUAAAAAUGGCGAACAAAUUCAACCCUUUUCUUCAUCACCCCAAAUUUCUGGUUCAAACCACAGUGUUUACAUGAAUCAAUUAUUCCCCAAAUCGAAUUCAAGCUUCAAAUUAAGCAGCGGAAAUUCGUUACAGGCUGAUGUUCUUCGAUUAAGCGAAGAUGUAUUCUUGGUUGAUUCAGGAAUCGGAACUCCAAGAGUUUGUCUACAAGACGAGUUAAUUGGGGUGAAGAACAAGAACAAAAUCAGGUUUGAAAAUCGGGUUGGAUUUUUGGAUUUGGCUACAAGUGAAACGCUAAUUAACAAGCAGAUGUUGGAGAGGUUUUUCAUUGAUUUGGUAGCUGGUGAUUCGACGGCAAAAGAGCGGGCUACUGCGAGGUUUAACGAUUUGGUUGGUGGAUCAGCGGAUGUGAAUGCAGUUGCUGCGGGUGAACCAUUGCUUGUUCUGCCAAGGCGGUACCGGCAGAAGCGAGCUUGGAUGGAAUUAAGCAAGAAAUGGCGGUCGAAUUCGCAGGUGAAAGGGUUUAUUGUUGGGAAAAUGAGAGGUGGUUAUUCUGUUGCUAUUGCUGGGUUUGUUGCAUUUCUUCCAUUUCGUCAUCCGAAUCAUCUGAGAAGGUUAACUAGUGAUCGUUUUACAAUUGAGAGUAUUAAUCUCAAAUCCGGGAAUAUUGUGGUUUUGUAAUUCUACCAUCAACAAGAACAGCAAUCAAGAAAGAAGAAAGCAAAAGGUUUAGCUAAAUCUGGGGAGACGAGGAUCGAGAGAUGGCCAAGAAGAAGAGAGAAAAAGGGAGGACAAGAGAAAUAGAAUAAAAGUUCGGCCGAGUAAUAGAGGAAAGGUCUUUCGGCCGAAGAAAGGAGGAACAGGACAAUAUUGGCAAUUGAUUUUGCUAAAGCAAUUGUUGUUUUGUUCACAGUGCUACUGUUCAAAAUUGGUACUGUUCAAAAUUGGAAAUUGUAGAAUACUUUAUUAUUCAUAAUUUGCAAUUGAUUUCGGGAGAUGGCUAAGAAGAAGAGAGGGAAAGGAAGGAUAGAAGAAAUAGGAAUAAAAGUUCGACUGGCUGCCGAAGGAAGGAAGAUGAGGACAAUGGAAAGGGGAAAAGCACAAUACUCUACUGUUUAUAAUUGGCAAUUGAACUGUUCAAUACUGUUAAUAAUGAGUCUAUCGGUGAACUCCUCUCUUUUUCAGAUUUAAGAGAGAAGUUCACCGGUACUCUUAUUAUGAACAGCAGCGAAAUCAAUUGUUGAUUAUGAACAGCAGUAAUUUCAAUAGUAUAACAUUUGCUUCAUCAUUUGUUAUUCGGAUUUGUCCUUCUCUUUUAUAUUUGGCCUUUUACCGAAAUGUUGUAUAUAGAAGCAAAAAGAAGAAAAGUUCGGCUGGGUGCCGAAGCAAUUAGUACAUAAGGACAAAGGAAAGGGGAAAAGCAUAAUAUUUUAAUGUUCAUAAUUGACAAUUGAUUUCGCUGCUGUUCACAAUGAGAGUGGCGGUGAACUUCUCUCUUAACUCUUACAAAGUAGGGAGUUCACCGGUAGACUCAUUGAAUAGUGCCAGUUUGGAGCGACAGCAGUUUAAACAGUAUAACAUUUGUUUCGGCAUUUGUUUUA